UUUUGACUUAUUUUCGCUUUCAAAUAGCGCAAGGUUUAACGUUCGCGAGAAAUGGAGGCGACAAGUGAUCUGAGGUCACCAUAUGACAAAGCAAUAUUUUCUCCAAAAUGUUUUUUGUUUGGCUCAACCCUUUAUUCGCGCACUCACAUCCAAAAACUUUAACAAGUGACGAUGUUUAUGUGUGCCCUGAAAGUGAAAAAGCAGAUUGGAAUACCGAAAAAUUAGCACGAGAGUGGGAUUUAGAGAACAAAAGAAAAAUCCGAAACUGUUAUUGUCGGUGUUUAAGGCAUUUAAAAAAGAGUUAUUUAUUUCAGGUUUAUUUAUGAUAUCUAAACUAGCUUGUAAUAUUUCCAAAUCAAUAAUUCUGCGGCAAGUUUUGCUGGGGUUUAAUGAUAUCGAAGACCGUCAGAAUAUGAUCAGAGCCAUUGUCUUUAGCUUCGCAUUUAUUUUGAACACCAUUGUGAUGAUUAUAGUUGUAAAUAUUAGCUACUGGAUUUUAUAUCGUCUAGGUACACGUGUGCGAGUCGCAGCGUGUGGUUUAAUCUUCAAAAAGGUACUUCGGCUUAACCAGAAAGCACUGGGAUGUUCAACAACUGGUCAGAUAAUCAAUUUGUUGUCUGUAGAUGCUCAGUGUUUUGAUAAUACAUUUUUAUUCGUACAUUAUUUAUGGAUUGGACCAGUUGAGACGCUCAUAACUUUUGGCUUAAUGAGCCAAAUAACUCUUUUCCCAAGUUUAAUUACGGUGGGAGUUAUUCUCAUGUUUAUUCCUGUUCAGUUUGCUUUUAAUCGGGCAUAUGGAAAGUCAAGAUUCAAAGCUGCUGACGUAACUGAUCAACGUAUUCGCAUUCUUUCAGACAUUAUAGCAGGUAUACGUGUUAUAAAAUUCCAUGUAUGGGAAAAUGUAUUUACGAAAUUAGUUCAUAGUUUGAGGAGUAAAGAAAUUAAACUUUUUAUGAAUGGUCGGUGUUUUCAAGCAUUCCGGCUGAGUCAGCUAAUUUAUCAAAUAAAGUUUACAGUGAUGGUUCUAGUAGUGGGUAUUUUACUCUUGCAUAAAGGAGCAGAUGAUCCAGAAGCUCUCAAAAGUUAUCAACUGUUUACUUUGAUGAAUUUAAUCACAUCGCUUUUUAUUUCAGUGAUAUUAUCCAUGCCACAAGCAAUCGAACAAAUAAAUAUAGCGCACAUUGUUGACAAGCGUAUAUCUCGAUUCCUUUUGUUGCCUGAAGUAGGAAAUGAUCAUUACCCUGAAGUAAAUAAUUCAAAUGAACAAGUUGUAGAGCUGAAAAAUGUCUGUUCACAAUGGCAAAAUAAUCUAAAGCAAAUUACAUUGAACAGUAUUAAUUUUAAGGCUUGUGGUCGUGAGUUGAUUGGUAUCAUUGGUUCUGUAGGUAGUGGAAAGUCUUCUCUCUUACAAACUAUUUUGGGAGAGCUGCCAUUCUCUAGUGGAAACAUUUACAGGUCACCUAGUGUAGCUUAUCUUCCACAAGCCGCCUGGAUAUUCCCUGGAACAAUACGUCAAAACAUCCUUUGUAAUCUUCCUUUUGAGUCUGACCGGUAUGCAUUUGUACUGAAGGCAACUAGUUUAGAUGUCGACUUGCUGAGAUUUCCCGAAGGAGACAAAACAUAUGUUGGAGAACGAGGUUCUGGUUUAAGUGGUGGUCAGAAGGCGCGCAUAGCUUUGGCACGGACAGCAUAUUCUCGUCAGGAAGUCUUACUUUUAGAUGACCCGCUCGCGGCGGUUGAUGCUCGUGUAUCCAAUCACCUGUUUCAGAAAUGCAUAUGUGGUUUUUUGUCAGAUAGGCUUCGUUUUCUUGUUACUCAUCAGCACCAGCUUCUACCUUAUAUGGACAGAAUCCUAAUUCUGAAAGAGGGAGAAAUUACAUUUUUUGGAACGUAUUCAGAGCUGCAAACAAUGAAGUUACAAACAGAUGGUUUUUUUUGUAAUUCUUUUGAUCAUUCAAACGAUUAUGGGAUAUUCCGACUCUCAGACGGUGACAACAAUGAAAAGGAAACCAACAUUAUAUUUAAUGGACUCCGUAGACAGUUAUCAGAGACUUUUGCGAGUUUUAGAUCUGACAAGCGGAGCAGUUAUUAUUCGACUUUACAGUCCCCAAGACAGUUGGAAGACUUGGUAACAGAUGGAAUGAUAUUUUCAUCGUUUUCUUUAGUUCGUGAACAUUAUAUAGAUGAUUAUUCAUUUGUAAAUGAAAAAUCCGUCCAAGGGUCUUUGAUCUUGCCUAAUGAGAAGAAUAGUAGUAUCAGAACAAUAACUACCACAGGGUCUUACGAAUCUAUACAAACAAUCAAGUCAAGCGUGUUUGAUAUUUAUGUUGUUGGUGAUGCAGAACGAAAUAACAAAACAAUUGGUAAUGGGAAUAUUCCAGAACAUCAUCUAAGUAAAGAACCUACUCCAGGUGAAAAUCUUAGAAAUGGAAAGGUUGGAUGGAAAUAUUACUUAGUUUUUGGUCGAAUAACUGGAAGUUUUCGCUACUUGAUAAUUACUCUUUUGAUGUUUGUUUUUACAACUGUUGUUUAUGCAACAUUCGAUUUAUGGAUAGCAAGAUGGAUUCGUAUUGUGGAUAAUCGUAACGAAACGAACAGCCCACUUGCUAAUGACUCAUCACAUGUUAUAGGAACGUGGAACUGGGAUGAUAAUUAUAUAAAUAUGUACAUAAUUAUAAUCCUUACCAUACUGCUAGUGUUUUUUAGUACAGCACGUACGCUGCUAUUUUUCAAACAAAUGACUUGUGUUGCGGAACGUUUGCACGAAUUAAUGGUCAAAGCCUGUCUUUCAACUAGAAUACUGUUUUUCGAAUCAAAUUUAUCAGGUAAAAUACUAAACAGAUUUUCCAAAGACAUUGGAAUUAUAGAUGAUCUGCUGCCAACAAACACAUUCGAGUUUUUACAUUGUUUAUCCCUUGUAGUGACUUUUUGUGCUGUUACAGUGAUUUCUAGUUACUGGGCAAUUUUCCCAGCUAUAAUUCUUUCUAUUUUGUUUUGGGUAAUUCGUGGAAGAUAUAUGUGUUUAUCCAGAGAGUUGAGGAGACUUGAAGCAAUUGCACGUACUCCAGUACUUUCUUGGAUAAAUAUUACUUUACAAGGUUUACCGUGUAUAAGAGCCUCUGGAGAUCAAUCAUUCCAUUUAAAUAAAUUUUAUGAUGUAGUAAACAGUCAUACGGAUGUCUUCUAUAUGAAUUUAGCUGCAGCACUUUGGUUUGGUAUACGUUUGGAUCUUUCAUGUGUAAUAUUUAUAACUUGUGUUUCGGCUAUAUGCUUAAUAUUAGGAAUAUAUUCAGAAAUACCAGGAGCUAAUGUAGGUUUGAUGUUCACUUAUUCCAGUAGCUUGAUAGGAUUGUUCCAGUGGUGUGUACGACAGAGUACUGAAGUUGAAAAUCAAAUGGUAUCUGUAGAACGUGCUAUUGAAUAUGUAGAACUGGAACCGGAAACAACUGACGCACAAGAAACACUACAGCCAGAUUCUGAUUGGCCAUCACGAGGACAUAUUCAAUUUAAAGACUUUGGUCUGCGUUAUGCUUCAUCCGAUACAUGGGCGUUGAAAAAUAUAAAUUUAGACAUAAGACCUGGAUGUAAGGUGGGUAUAGUGGGACGAACUGGUGCUGGAAAAAGUUCCAUAAUUUCUGCUCUAUUUCGACUUGUUGAAGGCGAGCAAGGAUGUAUACUAAUAGAUGGAGUGGAUAUCAAACGUUUACAACUGGAUUACCUGCGAAAAAGGAUAGCAGUAAUUUCUCAAGUAAGGGAAUAUUAUUAAAAGUAGAUAAUUGCUUUAUGUAGAGGAAGCUUUCAGUUAGUUUUAUUAGACCAAUUCCCAAUAAGAAAAUCAACACCCCAAUCUUGUUUCCACCAUGUUCUGCGUUCCAUCACACUGAAAUGUUUAGAUUACAGCUUUUGAUUCUUCUAGUUGCCAUUUCAUUUAUGAGUCAUUAAAUUGGACUUUGAUGAGUAGAAUAUGAAGUAUUUCCGAACCAUAUACCUUAUUUAAAUUACUUUCCUCUGUCAGUAUCGGAAGUCAUGACUUAUAAAACAAGAAAGAAACCAUAUUGUUAACAAACGCUGGUAUAAAUAUGGAAGAUUAGUUAGGCGAGGUCAUUGAAUUCGGAAAUGAUGUCCAAUAAAGCAAGAAUUGAAAAAAAACUGCGCAAAAUAUUAUUCGACCUUGAUAGAUCACGACAUAAUCGAAGCGAACACAAUAACAUGAACUAAUUUUCCUAUCAUGGUAUCAAUAUCAAUUACUUACAGUAUGUUACAUGAUUUUUAUAAUUCAGGAGAAUGCGGAUGUAUGUCAGUCCACUGAGACUGGUAGUUAGUCGGAAGGUGAAGUAAGCUAAGACGUGAAUAUUAUCGUAAGAAUGAGGUAUUCGUGUGUUUGUUAUUUCUAUUUUUCUACCGAUGGAUUUACUGUAAUAAUAAACUUGUUUUCCUAUUGGUAGAUGCUCGAAUCUUAUAAAUGGUUAAUUAGAGAAUACUCACGCCCUCUCAACUAAAUGUUUAUGAAUCAUUAUUCGAAUAAAUAACUCCCUAAGGCUGUGAUUAAUUCCAACUUAAUCGACAUUCAGAAGGACGUUAUAGAAAAAGCACGGGAGUUUUAAUAAGAUCUGUUUCCGUGAUCUCGGGUAACUCUUUUGUGGCAUAUAGAGAAUUAAAUCUCUGCUAAUACCAUAAGUCCACCCAUAUGUAUGAGAUAUGUUGCUGAUUCAUUUAUAAUAAUGAAGUCAAUGAACCUGAGAGCCUCGUUCAAACUCACAAAAACAUUAUCCGUUCAUAUCAAAUUCACUUUCAAAAAUGAAAAUAACCAACCGGUUACUACAGCUAAUUCGCAUAAACAACGAAAUCCCACUUACAUCAGCACAAAAAUGUGUCAACAGAGCAGGGUUAUGUCAAUUGCGUUAAACUUUAUAUUGUGGGGUCUUCUCGUGAAAUUGUAGUGGCUUUACUUCGUUACUCAAUCACCCUUGAAACCGUUAUUACAUAAAUUUCAACGGCGUUUCAAAUCAGAAGGCAAUAACAAGCGGCAACUACAGUUUUUUCAGCCGACAGGGAAGAAGAUCACAUUGCCAUAAGCACAUUCAGCGAAUUCGAAGCAUGGAGGCCAAUAUGCAUGUACGAGCCAAUUCAUAGGCAAAUUAAUUUACAGCCAGAUCAUAUUAGGGCACAGCAAGUCAAGGCAAAGUUUAACAAUAGGAUUUGAGCACAUAUAUACAUGGGUAGCAGGAUGAAUCAUCGAGUGAUAUUUAAGCGAUCAACAUUCUAGCAAGUGUCUGUCAUGUGAUGAUCUAGUGAUCCUAACAGAACGAAGAAAUAUGUGAAUUGUUACUGUUCAAAUAACAUUGUCUGUUAAAUAAGUUAAUAAAAGGCCUUAACCAAAAUUAACCAUAAUCGAAAUUGGUUGUAGGAUAGUUGCUAUAAUACCUUAACUCGUAAUAAAGAAUAAACAUGGUACACAAAAGAUCGGGAUAGUCUCGCUAGUGUUGGAUUUUCGAAUCGAGUGAGUAGUAGUAAAAUAUUCAAUAUUCAUUAACCAUGACGCGGAUAACCUAACGUUACCAUGAUCAGAUCUGUUUGUAUGUUCUCGCUAUUUGCGCUGUUUUAAGUUGUGUCAAUUUAAAAACAGCUAAUUAUUCCGCGAAAAUGCAACUCACGUUUUAUCCUAUAGAGCAUAAUGAAAAAAAUUAUUGCAAGCGUAUUUGUAAGGCCCAUAUUUUUUGUCCUAACUGGUUGGCUGAAUAUGAAGCUCGGAGGCUUCACAAAUCAGAUUAAUACACACCUACAUAAAUGGUUCUGGUGUGAAGAAUUUAGUCAGAUAUAGGUCAGUUUAUAUGUUCAUUUGAAAACCACGUUCUUUAGUCUUUUAUCUCUAAUUUAUUGAUUACACUGAUUUCCAUUGUUUGUUUAAAAUGUCCAUGACUUCUUAAAGAAGCUUCCUAACUCUGCUAGCUGAUUUAGUCAGUCUUUUUCAAAAGAGUUUAAUACUUACCAGUCAUAAAAACAUACAACUUUGCUAGAAAUUUUUUUUCACUCUUCGAAGAUUCUGACUCUGACACUUCCAAUUGUGAACUAUCUAUCUAAGUACCGAAAGACUUGUAUCCACAAUGUGACAGUGACCCCAGUUCUAGUGGGUCUAAGUGUCUACCCAAUGUUGGUAGAGUGCAUUGAAGAUUUUUUUUACAGUAUUUUAAUUUUAUUCUGAGUCUACUGAUAAAAAAAUAUUUAUAGAUUUUCUAGUAAAUAUUUUAACAAAUUAGGAUCCAAUCAUGUUCACUGGAACGGUUCGAAUGAACAUGGACCCUUUAGGUGAGAAAACAGAUGAAGCGAUUUGGAAGGCCUUAGAAAGUGUAAGUCUUAUUGCAAUAAGUUUAUACAGAACUGCUUAUUUUUUCUGUAAACUAUUUCAUCACUUAUUUUUGGUGUUUAGUUCUGCGUCAAGUCCAUAUGAGUUAUUCUAGCUUCCGGACAGACAUUUAUGUAUUAAUCUUGCUCCGCACUUUGACCUUGUCAGUUAUUCGCUUAUAACCUUGACUAUUUUUAUAUGAGUGUAUGUGUCUCUAUCCCUCACCCUUCUCAUGACAUUUCUCUAGCUUGUUUUUAUCUGGCUAUAAAUAUUAAGUCACUCUUGAUCAAAUCGACUUGGCAUGUUUGCCUUCUCCGCUUCGUUUCUCUAAUUAUCUGUCUAGAUCAACGAGUGUAUGAAAUGUGUGUAACCGAAAUUCAUUCUCGUAUAUGACAUAUUUCAUCCUGUUAUUCUAUAACACAAAUCAAGUCGACAAUUAUGUACGAGGGUUGGUGGCAUGUAUAUUUCGUUAGCACUAUCAUACAACUAAACCGGUGUCAUAUCAACGGGCCACAAAACACUAAUGUCUUGCAAGAUGAGAAUUAAUAUUAUCUGAAAAGUCAUAGUUGAUCAGAAUGAUAGGUUAGUGUUAUUUGAUCAUUGUCGGAUUUUACGCUUCUUAACAUUAUGCUUUGCUAGAUCUUUAAAGUAUAUCCCUCAGUUUGCAUUUUUAUGCCUACUGUAUUGUUAUGGCUUUUAACCGUGUGAUUAUUAUUUCAAGAAACAUUUGACUCCUUUUUAUCUUGGCCAAGCAUGUUUUCACGUCUUUGUCAGAUUUCGACAUCGCUUAGACCUAACAUGAUUCUUACUGUGAGUUUGUUAACAUGAUUACUUCACUGUUUUUUUUUUGUAACGUUUAAUCUUUUUGUCAGUUGGUUUAUCCUACCGAUAACAAUUCUAAUAUAUAAAAGUACUGACUUUUUAGAUGACUUAACCACACAAAAAUGGAAUCAAAUAAACGUAUUCCACAAAGUUUAUUGUUCAUGCUGAACAAUAUCAUAUGUGAGAGUUGAAAUUUACAUAAUUCCGAUCAAUUAUUUAGAUGUUUUAUUACCCCAGUCGCAUGGUAAGAAAGUAUUUAGAUAACCGUGAACAGCUAUUAAUUUAUUGGAGACCGAAUAAUUUAAUCUGAACUGUAGUCCAAUAUGUUUUCAUGAUGUGAUGUAUGUAGACUAGUAUUUUCCGUUAAAUGUAGUAGCAUAUGACUUUAUAAAUAAAGGAAAAAUGACUUGUUAUGCUGAUUAACUGAAUGUUUUCAAAAGGAAUACGCGGAUUGAUUGAAUCGAAUUGGGCUCAAAAAUACUCUUCGACGUAUGAACAUACGGUUGAGUUACUGACUUCAGUAGUUCUUGAAGCGUUACUACUAAUUCAAUCAGAUGCGUUUAAAAUCUCAGCCAAGGACGGAAGUCUUUCAAACUUUCCUCAAUACUUAUCAUUGGCAUUAGAAAGCUUUGUUUUGCUUGUUUUUUUCCGUUACCGAAUUCUUUUCUUCACUCUAAACAUCUGAUCUCAAACUCAUAUUUUGAUUUUUUAAUUACUUGAGUUGCUGGCGGAAGGAGCGAUUUCCUCAUCUCUGUUUACAAAUUAUUACUAAUAUGAAGUUUAUGCUGUCCAUUCUCAAGUUUCCCGUAGGUUACAAAUUUUUUUAUAGUUCGCUUAGUCGAAAAGUAUGUUUUAGUACCUCCGAACUAUACCUGAAUAGUUGAGUAAAUAAUAUCUUUAGAAGUACUGUCACUAAAACAACUCAUGAUUUUUUAUCUUUAUCUCCAUAAGAAUCGAGAUGUACUAGUAAGUGGAAAAAAUAACCAAAGACACAGUCACUCAUUGAAUUUCUGUUGAACUGUUUCCUUUAAGUAAAUCUGAAGCCUUCUUCACAACACAUAAUGCUUAAAACCGAAAGAAAACGCAUACCAAUAACUAUAUAAAACAAACAGAUCACAACGUCUUUUAAGAAAACAAUACUGAGUUAAGGUCUGGAUUAAACAGUUCUUGAAAUUCAAAAAUUUGAUUUCUGAUGCCUCAUAGGUAACAAAUAUUUUGUUUAGCUAACGUCUACGAUUAUCAAUUUAUUUAUGAACCUAAUCGUCUAGAUGGUUUAGCCUAUUCUCAUUGAUCCCAAUAUUUUACAUAUGCAGUGGUUUUUAACUUGGAAAAACUUACUGUCCACUUUUAUUCUAGAAGUAUUUGCCAUCAAGUUAAUACUAAUCUAACAGUGUAAAACAAAUUAUCAAAUAAAACUGCUCCGAACAUUCAUAACACGUUCUAUAAAUUGAGAUGGAAGUCAAUUUUGGUUGUUGAGGUUUUAUAGAGAUUAUUUUAACUUGUAUGUGAUAUUUGUCAGUGGUACAGGUACGCGAACACCGUGUAUCUUGCAUAUUCCGUAAGGUUAUAUAUUCUUGAGGAGUGCAAUACUAGAUGAAUCAACUGUCCAGUCCUUCCUAGUACUCAACAAAUAGUCAAGUUAGAUGGCUUCGUGACGAGAAUGUACUUUUUUUCCAUGAAAGUUGCGGUAUGGUAUUAUAUUAUGUAAAUAGUUGAACAAUAAGUCUCAUGCUUCAUUAGAUUUCAUCUUUUUAGGAAGUUGCUCCAUAUCUGUAAUCAUAUUUUAUUGCCUACAGAUACAGCUGGACAAGACAGUUAAAAAUCUCGGUAAUGGGUUAGAUUCACUAAUCAAUGAAGGCGGUUCUAACUUAAGUAUUGGACAGAGACAAUUGUUUGCAUUAUCUCGAGCAAUUCUAAGUGGAAGCCGCAUAUUGGUGGUAGAUGAAGCAACAUCCAACGUUGAUCCCAGUACUGAUUUCAUCAUUCAGAAAACUCUCAGGAGCAUUUUCAAAGACGUUACAGUUUUAACUGUUGCACAUAGACUACAUACUGUCAUAGAUAAUGAAAUUGUAGUGGUUAUGGAGAGUGGCGAAGUAAUAGAAUCCGGUCAUCCGCAUGUACUUCUUAAUCCCGAUCUUGCUGAGACUGAUAAAAGAAUUACAACGUGGAUGAAAAUCACUUCUCAACUACUGAUGAUAUUCAAAUAAGUGGUAAUGGUCCACUAGCAAAAUUAGUAAAGCAAUAUGGGGGUAAUGAGUCCAGAAAUUUAGCUCAGAUAGCACGAAAAUCAUUUAUCGAGAUGCUGGGAAAUGAAGACGCUAUUCUUUAAUUACCUUACCUCCUUUGUAAUUGUACAAAUCAAUUUCAUAACGCUAUGUUUUACAACGUGAUUAUUUUCCUGUGAUUUGAUAAUAAACGAGCGAAGUCUGAGA